AUGUCUGAGGACGAUGGAGACUUCCACCCAAUUGAGUUGGCCGCACACUCUCUUCUUUCCGGCUCUCUAGAUAGUCUUAAUGAGAACUUUCUACAGUUGCAUCGGUCUCAGCACGUGUUGUUGACGAGACUCAAAAUGAUCUCUGAUCGACUAGACAAGAUAGAAGGUGGGCUUGGUGAUAAAAUUGCUGCUAGUGAUGUUACGGCCGUAUACCAGCAGGUGAAGGCUAUCAAGGCGAAGUUGCAAGAGUCGGAGAAACGGCUAACAAAAGUAGAAAAAAGAGUUGACAGGCUAUGA